AUGCGACAGCUUUUGAUAGACUCCCACGAACAGACACAGACCAAGGAUGCCUUCCGCUACGUCAAGGGCUUCGAUGUCUUGCUCCUCACCCUCCGCUCCAUCUCUGGCUUCUAUAAGCCUGCCGACCUAUCCCCACCCGACCGCAUCGACUUCUUCGAGGUCAUCAAGGCAACCCUAGACGUAUUGUCGGACGCCCUAAGCGAACAUGCCGGGAACAGGAGAUUCUUUGCAAAGCGAGUGGAACAAGGCGGCUGGCUUGCAUUGGAACAGGCACUUGGAAGUACCGGCAUCUUUGGUGGCCAAUCCAAAAGUACACGGGACGACGCUGGGCAGGAACAGCUAUUUGGCUUACUGUUCGCCUUUGCUUUAGGAGAGGAGUCUAUAACACGAAUCUUCCGUGAUAUCGACAGGAAGGUGGAGCAGACACGGCAGAAGCAGGCCGACAAUGAAUCCGAGCAGCCAGGAAAGGCAGAAGGCGAGACUGAUGAUCAACAGACGGCGGGGACAAUGGUGGAGAGCCCACGAUCUGUAUCCAGCGAUGUGGACGGGGACGUGGAAGUGCUGCGGGAGCAAAUCAAGGAUAUCUUCAGCGGGAAUGAGGUUCUUCAAAAUCCAGACAUCAUGCCAACCAUAUUGCAUUUCUGGCUUGGUCUUUCCGGACAGGAUGCUCCCGGGACCAAAUCCAGGCCUUUGUCAAUCUCAGUCCUGCUCGCUAUACGGCAGAUCGCUGCACUUUCCUCAUACAAUAAGGCGGCAUUGCAUUUGACGGGUACCUUGAGCAUCGUCCUUCCACUGUUGUUUGACGACAAGUGCUCUCCGAUAGAAGCUGGUCUUCUAAGACAGCUGGCCGAUGAUUUAGUCGAAUACGGUAUUAAUCGACUUGAAGAUGCCUAUUAUCUGUUUCGAAAGGCCGAAAUAUCUGCAACUGCAGCCGCGUUUCUUCUCCAAGGCAUGGAAAGCUCUCGAGGUUCACCAUUUAUCCAAUUCGACCUGUCUCUGCAUGGCUUCAGUGCCAUUGAGCUUCCCGAGCUCGGUCGUCCCUUUCCACCAGUCAGUCCUGGAAGCGGCUACACCUUCACCGCUUGGAUUCGAGUGGACAAAUAUGACCCCAAUUGUCACACUACGAUAUUCGGCGCCUAUGAUGAUACACAGACUUGCUUUUUGAUGGCAUAUCUGGAAAAGGAUACACGAUGUUUUAUCCUUCAGACCUACAUGGGUCACUCCUCCGGCAUAGUACCUAGUGUUCGUUUCAAGAAAGCACCCCGGUUCGUCGAGGGGAGAUGGUACCACAUUGCUAUCGUCCAUCGACGGGCUAAAGCCAUGGGCCUUGGUGCACAUAAAGCUUCCCUCUAUGUUGAUGGUGAAUUCACUGAGUCUAUGAAGGCUCAUUAUCCCUCUCACCCGCCUGUUCUUGAAAGUAGCCAUGAGAGCUUCGCAUCCAUCACCUCUAAUAGUUCAAAACAGCAUCAUGUCCUUGCGUUCUUGGGAACUCCUCGCAACCUUGCACCACGUCUGGGACGAAACGUUCUUAGCUCAAAGCUCUCAAUUGCAUCUUUUCAUCUUUUCGCGGAACCCUUAUCGGACGAGCUAAUUGCCGUGUAUAAUAAGCUCGGCUCACGGUAUAGCGGGAACUUCCAAGAUCGCCUUGGCUCGUUUCAAACAUAUCGCACAUCAGCGGAAUUACAUGUGCAAAAUGAAAUGCUGCAUCCUGGGAAGGAAGAGAGAUCAGAUAUCGUCUCUGCCAUACGGUCAAAUGCGGGGCACUUACUACCAGAAUCCAAGGUCUUGCUCAGCUUCUCCCCCACCUCGGUCAUGGACGAUGAUGAUAGGAACGCAAUCGACGAGUCGCAAUUGAUCAAGUCCUUAUCGAAAGAAUCUGCAAAGACCUUGCAUCGCUACACUCGAACAUAUGGGACUCCGAUCAUUAUCAACGCAGCUGUUCCUUCAGUGAACGACGCACUUUCUCAACCUCGUGGAUUCGGGCGAUUGUCGGGCGACCCUGUUGUUGUAGUACCGCAAUCCCUGGACGAGGCCAUCUGGAGAAUCGGUGGUUGCGCUGCCGUAGGGUUGCAUCUUGUCCAAGCAGCACACAACUUGGACGAUCUCCUACGCGCUGUCAAGAUUCUACUCGAAUCUGUUGAAGGAAAUUGGCGCAAUUGCGAGGCGAUGGAGCAGAAUAAUGGCUUUGCCGUUCUUGCAGAAGUUCUUCGCCAGAAAGUCAAUGCCGCUAUGCCAGUGUUUGGAAAGUAUGUGGAAUAUGAAACUUCGACCAUGGAACGUGAAUCUUUUCUACUACAGCUGUUGCAAGUCGUUUUACGCUUCGUAGGUUAUGAUGCGACGCACCCUGAAGAAUCCCUCAUUAUCAAUCCUUUAGCAUAUCGAGUUUUGCUUGUUGAUCUCGAGAUAUGGCGUCAAUCGACUUCCGUAGAAACGCAAGCGCUGUACUAUAAUCAAUUUGUACACUUUGCGAAAGAAAGUAAACAUCAUCAUUACAAUGCCAAACGCUUUCAUAGAAUUAGAGUCGUGCGACGUUUAAUGGAUGCAUUGAAAGCCGAGUCCUUUACAGCUCAGAUAUUUCCGCUGUUUCUCAAAUCCUUCAAAACUCUCCUCGAAAUUAACUUCAACGGCGAGAACUCUCGUUCGCUUUCUCUAUUCAUCACCUACGCACUGCAAGACAGUCGGUCGAGCUAUGUGAAACGCACUUUACGACCGAAGGUGAGCGUUCGUCGCCUUCGAAGGGGCACACCACCAACGGGCACACCGGGUACAACUCCCCGCUCCGACAGCCCAGGGCAAGAGCCAGCCUUACCCUCUGGCUUGCCCCUAGCAGAGUUGGGCGUCUCGAUCCUCCAAAUGCUUGCCGACCUCCUGUGUGAUCCUUCCAAUUACAAUGAGAUCACGCGCUUCGCUAAGAACGUGACUGGAAAGUGGCUGCUAUAUUUGCUUGCUGAACCCGAUCAGCGUGUGGUCGUGCUUGGAGCCAAAAUUCUUGCACGGCUGCUCGUUGCCAAUGGACCUCUUUACGUAAAGAAGUUUGCAGAGAGGACCGGAGGAUUCGUUCUCAUGAAAAACAGAUUGAGACAUUGGUGGAACACACCAGGAAUUUGGACAAUAUGCUUUGCUAUCCUGUUCGACCGGGAUGUUGCUACUAUCGACUUUGAGCGCAACUUCGAUGCCUUCAAUCUUGGGGAUAUCUUUUCAACGCAAACAAGACUUCGCAUAGUCUAUCCAGAUAUCUUCCCUGUGAUUGUUGCUAUGCUCGACACGGGCUUGCGUGCGAUAGUUCGAGAUCCGGCCAAGUCUGAGAACGAACCACCAAAAUCGGAGAACGGUGAAGCGCCAGUAACACGGGGUAGGCGGCGAACAAUGUCGUUGAAGGAUAAACAACCACCCCAAGAUCCUUGGAAGUCUCAAUCAGAGCGUUUGAACGACUAUGCCAUUGUUCUCAAUGCAGCGGUCCAAUUUUUAGCGGAGCUUCACUCAAGAUCGGAAGUGUUUCGCGAUUAUGCAGCUACAUCGAACUAUGUCCAAGAGCUUCUAUUUGUUCUCUACCCCGUCAUAGUAACUUCGGACAGCGUCAGCGCUGAGACCGAGUUGAUGUCGCGCGGCUCCGCUCUGACAUUCGAGGGCCAGGAUGUAGUCAUACAGCCGUUGUCGAAGGCGAACAUUCAGCAAGCGCCUGUUGUACGGACGACCAACGUCAAUAUUUCGCCAUCUCCGGACGCUAGCAGAGUCAUCCCCUUCCGUAGAGCAUCCUCUUUCGUCCUCGUCUCGGCCGAUAAGUCGGGUAGCCCCCAACGACCAAACCUGAACCCGGUGGCUUCAUCAAAUAAUGGGUCGUCAGUUGUUGUCAAGGUCGGCAGCACCGUAGUAGAAGCGGUGGUAGAGGUGGUCCUUGGUGUUUUCCAAGAUCAACUGUUCUAUCGUAAAGAUUUCCCGGGCCUCGGACUCUUUUUGAAGACACCACCCGGAUUCCAAGAGCACCAAGCGUAUUUCGAGUCCUACCUACUGCGACAGACUGUAUCUUCGGUCAAAAAUACCCUGCAAUUGAACCAAGAGUUACUCAAGGAGCCACGUGUUUUGACGAAUCUCUCCCGAUUCGUUACACACCUGUCCGAAGCAGUUUUCGAAGGAUGGUUUCUAGGUGGCUCGGACCCACUGCUCGACUUUGCGGGCUUCCUGCUCGAAUAUCUGGAACGCCCAGAUAUUUCCACGAUCAAGUCCGUACGAUUAUGCUCUCAAGCUGUCGGCAUGAUACGUGGAGUCUUCCUUCGAGUCGUUUUGCUACGCUUAGCGGAAGCAGACAAUUCUGAUGGAGGGACCAAAACCAUCGAUAUAAUUAAGAAGAUGGUGUAUUGGCAACCGAUCAUUCUCUCAACGGAAAAUACGGAAGGGCUGUUCCUUCGGCUCAUCUGCUAUCUUUUGUACACCAAACUGUCAUCCACCCAGGAAGCUGUUCGAUUGGCAGCCGCCAAUUUUUGGCGUCUUCUCUUGGUUCAGAAACCUGAGGAUACCUCUGCAAUCCUUAGCCGAGCUCUUCAAACCGACAAACAAGACCUCUACGAUGGCUUCCACAAGCUGAUGGAGCUAGACAACGAGACGUUCUUGGCUUGGUUUGAUAAGAAUAGUGCAGAGCUGGACAGUUUCUUUUACGGAACCAUGACCAGGACAUGGGAGGAUUUCAUAAAUGACCAGAACAGGAAAACUGAAGACAUGUCCCAGAAGAGGAUCGCAAAACGCCGCGAGAAGUUGAAGCAAUGGCAGGCAGAGGAGAACAGCUCUGAGCGCACAUGGACCAGCCAUGAAACUGCAACCAAUCAUUGGAGGUCAAACAUCCAUGCUUCUGAACGCAUCAAACACCAGCGGUUGGUGCAGGAUCAUCAAGAUAAUACAACGUUCCUGACAAGCGUGAUUGCUAAGCUCGAACGCAAAAUCAGGGGCCCCUGUGCAUUGUUCGAGGAGAGCCCUCCAACUAAAUGGCGGUUGGACGAGACUGAGGGACGCGACCGGCGCCGUAUGCGUACCAUUGCCGACAGCAAUAGCCGUGAUCACAAUUAUCAACCAAAGCGCAAAGAGACUGACCCAGCGUCAAAGCUGAAGCUCGAUGCGGCGAUUCCUACAAUAUCGACACCCGAGGUGGUUGGAAUCGCUCCUAUUCGAAGUCAGUCCGAUAUGACGGUUAACAAGGACACAACCAAGGAGGAUAACUCUGAUUCUGACCUCGAGGACGAUUUCGAAAUGGUCGAAGCCAUGUACGAGGACGAAGACGGCUUCGAGGACAAGAAUCGAAAAGUCAUGAGAAGUUUGAAUCGCGGCGAUCAGGUUCAAUACGUAUGCAAUAUUUCCCGUGUCGUGGGUCUAGAGGCCGUCGAGGGUCUUCUCAUUGUAGGCAAGGAUUGCCUAUAUCUCCUAGAUGACUUCUUCCAACGCUCGGAUGGCGAGAUUGUGAGGGUCUGGCAGGCCCCACUCGACGAGAGGGAUCCGUAUGUCCAGGUCAUCGCAGGAAACAAAGCAGCCUCCAAUCGUCGCCCUCCAGCACGGGACCAAGACGACACAGCACGCCACUGGAGGUGGAGCGAAGUAAUCAGUAUCUCCAAGCGACGCUUUCUGCACCGCGAUGUCGCCAUCGAGAUAUUCUUCGACGAUGGUCGAAGCUAUCUUCUAACGGCCAUGUCUGCCCCGGUCCGUAACGAUAUACACCAGCGUCUCAUAUCACGUACGCCACAUGUGAUCAAGCCCGAGUUGGGCAACGCAGAGAAUUCCUGGCGUCUCGACUCCUUGCGCAAUACAGAGGAGAUUCCGCAGACACUGGGAUCGCGAUUCGCGUCCGCCUUCAGCUCUGUUUCGUCACAUCCAGUAACACGGAAAUGGGUCAAGGGAGAGAUAUCGAACUUCCACUAUCUCAUGUUUGUGAACACGCUGGCUGGCCGAACUUUCAAUGAUCUCACGCAAUACCCGGUCUUCCCUUGGGUGAUUGCAAAAUACGAUCAGAUCGAGAAAGGCAAACAAGUUGGAAGCUUGCACUUGGAUCUCGAGAACCCAAAAACUUUCCGUGAUCUUACACGACCCAUGGGAGCCCAAAAUCCAACGGCGGAUAACGUCCUUCGUGACCGAUACUCUUCUCUUGCGGAGAUGGGCCCUGGUGCCGACCCGGCCUUCCACUAUGGAACUCACUACUCGUCUGCGAUGACUGUCGCGUCGUACCUCAUCCGAUUACAACCAUUCAGCGCAGCUUAUCUUGCCAUUCAAGGUGGCAGUUUCGAUCAUACAGAUCGCAUGUUCCACUCCAUCGCCAGAACCUGGGAAUCGGUCUCCAAUCCGAUAACUGCAGACGUGCGCGAGCUGACGCCGGAGUUCUUCUACCUUCCAGAAUUCCUGAACAACGUCAAUGGCUACAAUUUCGGCUUCCGGUCUGGCGGUGAGACGAUUGACAGUGUCGAGUUGCCAAAAUGGGCCCAUGGUGAUCCCACGGUCUUUAUUUCCAAACAGCGUGAGGCAUUAGAAAGCCCGUAUGUAAGCCGCAAUCUUCAUCACUGGAUUGACUUGAUUUUCGGCUACAAACAACGUGGAGAGGCCGCCUUGGAAGCCCUCAAUGUCUUCCAGCACUGUACUUACCCCGGCGCUAUCGACCUCGACGGCAUCAAGGAUGAGGAGCUGCGCAUCCGGAACAUCGCCAUGAUUAACAAUUUCGGGCAAACCCCGACUCAAGUGUUCCAACGCCCUCAUCCCCAGAAGGAAGAGACCGCUGGCAAGCCAAAGAAACUAGAUACUAUAGCAGAGUCGUUACAUCGGGUACCGGGCAUGUUGCUCGAGGCAAAUGACCGUGUAUCAUCGCUGGCAUACAUCGCCAAGAGUGACCGAUUGCUUUGUUCAGCGCCGUUCCGCCACAACAUUCCCCCAUUGUACGACCGCUACAUGGAAUGGGGCUUUACGGAUGGCUCUGUAAGGUUUUAUGCGUCCGAUUCGAAGAAGCUGGUUGGCCUGUUUGAACAUCUUCAUUCCGGACAGCUCACCACAUCAAUUUUCGUGGAUGGCCGGACUCUCAUCACAGCCGGCACAGACUGCGUCUUGGAGAUUUGGAACGUCGUCAAAGGCGAACGGGGCAUGGUCGAGCUGCAGAAUCUAGCUGCUCUCUUCGGCCACAAGAGUCCAGUCAUCACACUCGCGGCAUCGCGUGCUUUCUCUGCAUUCCUUUCUGCUUCCCAAGAUGGGCGUGUCUUCUUAUGGGAUCUCAACCGUAAUGAGUUCGUACGCGAGCUUGAUCUCGGUACUAGACAGAAGAAGAAUCCGGUCUCAAUCCAAUCCGCAAGAAUCAAUAACGUUACGGGUCACAUUGUUCUUGCAUGUGGACCGCGACUUCUUGUCCUUACCCUCAACGGCAAACUCCUGCUCGACAAAGAUAUAUGCGAUGGGGAGGAUGAUGCAGACAACAUUACUGCCGUAGCUGUCUAUGAAGGAGUUGCAAACGAAUGGUGCGAGCGCGAACUCAUCUUCACCGGUCACCGCAGAGGCGUCGUAAAGAUCUUCCACCUCUUUACCUCCCCGCAAACAGGCGCCUGGGAACUUGGGCUCAUCAAGGUCCUCAACCACAUCGAUUCCUCGCAUGAGGGUGGCGCUAACUACGCUGCUCCCAUCACGUGCAUACUCCCCAUGCCACAGAACGUGUAUACGGGAGAUGAGGACGGUAGAGUCUAUGAGUGGGAUUGUGUGCAACGUACUGGUUGA